UAGGCAUGCAGACUGCUUCUACAAACAUUUUGUGAAAGAAUGGAUUGCUCUCAGGAGCUCAGUGAAUUCAAACGUGUUACCGUGAUAGGUUGCCACCUGUGCAAUAAGUCCAUCCGUGAAAUUUCCUUGCUACCAAAUAUUCCAUGGUCAACUGUUUGUGGUAUUAUAACAAAUGUAAUGCAAAGCAUUGGAUACAGUGGUGAAAGCACACCGCCACUGGACUCUAGAGCAGUGGAGACGUGUUCUCUGGAGUGACGAAUCACACUUCUUUGUCUGGCAAUCCAAUGGAUUUGUCUGAGUUUGGCGGUUGCCAGAAGAAUGGUACUUGCCUGACUGCAUUGUGCCAAGUGUAA